GGCGUGGCAAAGCCGUCCUUUUCCUGCGAGGGCUGCUGAAGACUCAAGACGCUCUCGACCCUCCGACGUUUGAUUUGUUCAAUGACACUUUGUACGCGAUGCUAGAGUUCCCCACGCACGUGGACCUGACCCUUUGCUUUACUCUUGUCAAUGACCUUGCGUAUCACCGUGUCGGGACGUUUGUCUCUCACGGCCUGAUUCGACAGCUCUAUGAUGUUGCCGCACGUUUGCAUCGAUCUUCAGCCGCCGCGCAGUUCUAUGCUGCUAUGCGCAGAAAAACGAUAUUAUCCCAACACGAGUAUCCCCCACCCAAUGGCGCCGCUUUACCGUGGCUGCUUCAUCACCUCACAACGAUAAAGAAGGACGCGCAUCUCGGUCGUACACUGAUCAAACAGGUGGUUCGCAGCGGCGAGCCCAUCUCUCCUCGUGACCGUGCACCGGUCAUCGCACUUGCUGCCGAACAUGGCUACGCUACCCAGGCGAGGACUCUUUACGAGCGGUACUCUGUAGGGAAGCAUAGGGCGUUGGUCGUGGGAAAUGCUGCGUUGGUUGUCCGAAUGUCCAGCCUCUAUGGAAGCCUCAUUCGACGGUUGUCGUCGUCGUUGGGGCUUCCCAUUAUGGAACAAGAGCUCGAAGCAUCGGGUCCCUCAUCACCGCAGCGGGAGCACUCUGAGACUGACCCCGAAACCCAGGAGGAGGAGGAGAACCAAGUCCGAGAAAUCUGGGAGGAUCGAGACGCAGAGCAAAAGCAACUGGAUGACCUCGUUACGUUCUCAAAGCGUGUACUGGACAAUUAUCGAGAGACCCUGGAGCCUUUAGGCGAAGCAUCCCAUCAUUCCCUGAAUGCCCUCGCACGCUCCAACUUCCUCCUCGGAAACGUCGCUGUUGGAUUUGAUGCAUUCCAGGUUCUACUCGACCGCCUCGAAAUUCCCGAUGCUCAUGAUGUCAGUGUCGCCCUGAGUGUCAUGGCCCAGUACAACUGUCGCAGCGCUGUGCGCAUGAUGCGGCGGAUGAUCGUGCGCGGCAUUGUGCCGGAUAAUGUCACCUUUGGGACUGUCAUCCAUCACGCACUCCUGAAAAAGGACACGCAGAUCAUUGGACAAUUAUUCGAACUUGUGCGGAUGCUCGGCCAACAAUUAACGCACAAGACGAUGACAAGUCUUAUUCGAGCGAGCAUCAUUCUUAGCCGGGACGACCCGGCAGCCUUGAAGGAGAAUCUGCAGCUUUGCGUCUCGGUCAUCGAGGCAAACCUCGAGGCGCCUCACUUGCCCUCACCGAACAUGGGAAAGUUUUGCGCGAUCGAGGCGUUGCGCGCGGACGAGCCGGUGUUGGCAUUCAGGUUCUGGCGUUUGGUUGUGAAAGAAAAGGCGGAAUGGAACGACGGGGAGCAGAGGGCGCUGCGAAGUUUCAUUGCGAAGGCGAUCCGCCGACACCACGCAGACGCGAUGUUAGGCGGAGACGAAGCACGAGGCAUGUUGAGCGAGCUGAAGCAAUAAUCAUAUUAGAAUUCGAGGCCAGGGGUAGUUUACAUGUACAUCGCUAGUAAUUUAUUUCAUCGCGGGAGAGCAUAAUGAGACAUAG